UUUCAGGGGUAGAAAGUUACCGCUGAUAACAGGGUUUAGCUUCUUUAGAUCUUAUGUGAAUACUAAGUGAAGUGAAUAAUCUCAAUUUGUUUCUAAUAUUCGUUUGAAAUACAUAGGAGACUGGAAAUUGCUUUCUAGCAAAAAUUAAGUUGAUUUCUAGAAUUAACUGAUAUUUUAUAUGCAACUCUUUAUACAUACACCAUAAAUCACAGAUUUUUUCAAAGUUACACCAUUUUUAUCAAUGCAUAGAAUUUCAUCAUCACACAGAUUAGCACAGGUUGUUAAAAAUGAAACUAAAAACAACUAGUAUGAUAUAGAGUAGUAAACACAAAAAUCAGAAAUAACCUAUAGAACUACUGAGAAGGCACUACAUACGUUGGUGAGGACAUGUCUGUAUUCUGUAUAGUAAGAAUAAGACAUGGUUGAUGAUCAUAGUGACAAGCACAAACAGGUUAUAGAAACAAUUAUGACGUGUGAGGAUUAUUAUGAAAUUUUAGAUGUCCACGAAAUUGCAACAGAGGAAGAAAUUCACAAGGCUUAUAAAAAAUUAGCAGUGUUAGUUCAUCCAGAUAAAAAUAAACAUCCUGACGCAACCAAAGCCUUUCAGCUUUUAGGAUCUAUUUUAUCCAUUUUAACUGAUGCAAAGGAAAGAGAAAACUAUGAUUGGGUUUUAAAAAGAAAAAGAGAAGAAAAACAAUAUAAUAGUUACAAUGACACAACUGGAUUUAGUAACACUAAUGAAAGAAACUAUGAAAAUAAAUCAAGACAAAGUAGUUAUGAUUCAGAAACUUAUUUUGACUAUCACAAUUAUUACAGUGACUAUGAAUACAGUUCUUACAAUUACUAUCAAUGGGAGGGAGAAAAAGCCGAGAAAAACGAAUCGAAAAAAAGUGGCUCAAAAUCAAGCACUAGUAUAUUGAAGAGAAAAUUUUACUCAAAACUUACGUUUUUUUUCCGUAACUUCAAUAAUAGCGUCAGCUUUAGUUUUAAAUUUUUGUUGGAAGUGGUAUCAGCAAUAUGAAAUUGUAACUAAUGAAUCGGAGAAAUUUGUAUUCAAAGAAAGUUUUGCAACUUGGAAUCCGUCAAUAUUCUGUAAGGAAUAUACUUUAAUUUCGUUACGAACUUUUCGGGAUGUUUGUAUAUACACAAGGAAGUGGUGGAGGAAAAUGAUUAAGAUCUAAACAUCGUAUUUAAAACACAUAUAAGAAUUAU